CCUGACGUGAAAUUUCAAAAGAUUGCACAGUGCUGCUUGUAAAAAUUGUUUGACUUGAUCCACUUGUAUAUCAUGUGAUUACGCGAAAUGAAAACACGACGUCAGGCUUGCUGUUUUCUUUCUCUCAUCAAGAAAGUUACAGACAACGCACAAUACCAAUACUUGAUAUGCGAUUACUACAAAGUCUUCGUUUCUCACAUGCUCUGACCAAAAGGAGGUAUCGGUCAUUGAUAUCCCAUACGCAAACUAUGGCAAGCUCUACGGAGGUCGAUGAAUAUGGAUUCAGUUCUGGCGAUGAGGCAGAUUUACUAGAUUUGACAAACGCGGUAGAUGCUGCAAGUGGUAACCAGGGCCACAAGCGUAAAGCUUCCUCCGAACAGACUUCGCCGGUUAUCAAGAAACAGGAGACUGGGACAUCUCACAAGGUUCUUCCAUCGGCAAUUUCUGCAUUGAAUCGCAAUUUCGGGUUCAAAUCCUUUCGAUUAAAGCAGGAACAAGCCAUAUCAAGAAUUCUUGCUGGUGAAAGUGCUGUUGUUGUCUUCCCCACUGGAGGUGGAAAAAGUCUUUGCUUUCAAGUCCCUGCACUUGCUUUUGAAGAGGAAGAUAAGCGUCUCAAUACUCGUGAUGAAGGCGAACAUGGCAGUGAGUAAAACAACAAGAGUGCUGCGCGGCAAUACUGUACAUAACAUUUUCUGAGCUAAAGAAUCGGACAAAUGCUUUGAAUAUCGGCCUUUUUUCGUAUUUUGUUUAUUCCUUUCAUACUUUCGAGGAGGAAACUAAUGCUAGUGACACGCAGUCACCCUGGUAGUAUCGCCACUGAUAGCAUUGAUGAAAGACCAAGUGGAUGCUCUUGUUCGUCGUGGAAUUGCUGCGGCAACAUUCGACUCAAGCAAGACGAGAGAAGAAUACAUUCAAACGUGCGAGGCAUUGAGAAAGGGAAAACUUAAGUUACUUUACGUAGCACCCGAGAGGUUGAACAACGAGGGUUUCGUGGAACAAAUGAAGUAUGUCCGAGGAGGUAUCAGAUUACUUGCAGUUGACGAAGCACAUUGUAUCAGCGAAUGGGGGCACAGCUUCCGUCCAGACUACCUAAGUUGUUCCACGAGUUCUACUAAGACUGCAUUUAUACUAACUAUGGGUAGAGAUUGCCCGUUUUGCUGAGGAGAUCCAAGCAGAGAGAGUCGUUUGCCUGACUGCCACAGCAACACCUCGUGUUGCCAAGGAUAUCUGCCAUGCUUUCAACAUCAAAGACUCUGGGCUCCUUCGAACUUCCACCUAUCGACCCAAUUUGCGAUUAUUGGCAGAAUCAGGAGAUAGGAAGGUAAAUAUGCUACCUAAGCUCAAAGACUUUCUACACAAUCACAAAGGCUCGACGAUCAUCUACGUUACUCUGCAGAAGCAAACGGAGGAUCUUGCACAGACAUUAGUUAAAGCGGGCUUCAAAGCUAAAGCCUUCCACGCAGGAAUGCAGACUGAAGCUAAAACAAAGCUGCAGGACGAGUUUAUGAGGAGUGAUGACAUGAUUAUGGUUGCAACGAUCGCCUUUGGCAUGGGAAUUGACAAAGGCGCUAUUCGCAAUGUUAUUCAUUUUAGUGUCCCUCAAAGUCUGGAGUCUUACAGUGAGUACAUUUCCUCUUAGCAUUUCUCUUCAACGCGCUUCAGUCGCUUGACAGCAUUUUGCAUCAGCCCUCGUAUCCACUCAAGUUUAAAGAGAUAACCUUACAAAAUGACUUGAUAUACUCGAGUGGCAUAAAGUCUAUCGUGCUGAUCUCUGAGCAGGUCAGGAGAUUGGAAGAAGUGGACGAGAUGGCAGAACCUCUAAUUGUUUCUUCUUUGUAUGUGGCGAAGAUCUUCAUUUCCGCGAGUUGUUUGCAAGAGGUGACCUACCAUCUCUUGCAUCUAUUCGUGGCCUACUAAACGACAUAUUCGAUUCAACGACGAUCAAGCUUCCAGUCGGAGGCGAGAUUCACAGUUCCCACUACAAUCAAACGAAAGAAUUCGAUAUUCGGCCUACAGUCUUGAGUGGCAUUUACGCACAGUUAGAGCUAACCCAUGGUCUUAUCCGUGCUACUACACCCCUGUAUCAGAAGUAUUCGUAUGUCGCAGAAGACAACAGGUAUCGUGCCAAAAUCGCAUCGGAUCGGAGUCUGGCUGCAGUUGCGAUUGCGGCGUGCGGUGAGAAGAAAUCUAAGUUAUAUCACAUCGAUGUCGAGACUGCAGCCCACCGUUACAAUAUCGGAAGAAACGAGAUUAUUGCCAAGCUUGGCGAGUGGAACUCAGAAGGAAUUCUAGACUUGAAGCCAAGCCAGGUCUUGAACGUUUACAAAGUCACUAAGCCUCUUCCAAAAAUGGCAUCAGAGAUUGAGAAGCUUGCAGAGGCAAUCCACACCACCCUGGACACCCGCGAACAACAGGCAUUGGAGCGCGCGGAUAAGGUUCUACAGCUUAUCACUGGCAAAGCUUGUUUCUCGAGGAAAUUGGCUGAACACUUUGGCGACGAGCUCCCCGAUGGAAAAGAAGAAUGCGGUCAUUGCCAGUGGUGUUUAACGCACAAGCCCGUCAAGCUUCAACCUCCCCCUCCAGUUCCUUUCAAUGACAUUGCUUUCAAGGAAAUCCUUAGUAUCAUCUCAGACCGCGACGAUCCGCGAUUCCUGGCUCGAGUGGCUUUUGGCAUAUCUACACCAAGAGUGAGUGCGAUGAAGUUGGGAAAGAGUCCGAUCUUUGGCUCAAUGGAAGAUCACGAGUUCGCGGUAAGUGGGAUUGGCAUUCAAAUAAUUUCUGGAAAUAUGAAGUGGCUAACAAAUAUCGACUUUAGGUUCUUCUGCGAGCUUUUGAGAAGGAAUGCGAAUAGAGUGAGCUUGGGGCGAACGGCAUGUAAUUUAUUUGUAUAUUGUAACGAGUAAGAAUAUUUCAUAUUUUGGUUCGACCAGCGAAAUAGAACAAGAUAGGAUGAGAUAUCUAAGCUAACGAAAGUUUGCACCUUGUACUCCAUACUCGGCAAAAAAAAGCGAAUAGGCUAUAUCCAGGAGAUGGUACCUAAAGGCUACAUCAUGUGGAUGCUUCAUGAUAGCAAAGAACAAAUUUCAUUCUUCCAU